AUGAAUAUCCCCUUCAAGGCCAUAGACAAGCCAAUGAGGAACAUUCGAUAUUUGGACCAGGAGAUAAUAAACCUCAAAAAAGACCUGAAACGCAGCCGCUUCUUGAUUCAUUCAGUUAAGAUUGGCCGAGGAUAUUUCUCCAUGCUGAAGGAAGAGAACGCCCUGAAAAAGCAACGCCAACAACUUGAGAAGAUCAAAGAAGAAGAAUUACAUAGAUUCCAGCCAGCCAAGAAGUCCUCUGACUUGCCCUAUGGGGAUCUGUUCCUGGGUGCCUACUUUGAUGAGAAAACCAAGAGGGUCAAAGGCAGCAUCCCGCGCCCUUUCACCCCCAUGUACAGCUGCAUUGUGUCUCCCUUCCUUCCAGAGUCACACGUAGAACCCCUUUUUCGCCAGCUCUGUGCCCUCCACUGGCUCCUGGAGGCCCUGACCAUUGACCACAGCCACCACACCAUGAAGCCAGUGAUGACCUGCUGGAAUUUAAAGGAUCCCGGUGGCAGCAAGAACACAGUGAAGAAAAUCAACAAGGAUAAGUCCAUGGGUCAAAAGUGGGAGAACUUCAUCACAGCCCCAAAGACCAAGAAAUUCAAGCUCCCAGGGAUCCGCACCACCUGCCGCAAGCCCAGCCGGCGAGGUUCCAUGAUCAGCCUUUCUCGGACUAGUGGGGGGUCUUCGCCCCAGAGCAGUAUGGUCUCCGUGAACCCCGCUGCCUCCGACGAGCACCCAAGUAUUAUUGCUCAGGGCAAGGACAUUGAGGAUAAUGAGUCUUCUUCCACCAAACUAGAGGAAGAAAACCUCCAUCUCAAUCUGCAGAAACUCCUGGAGUUGGUUCGGGAAGACGCCCACAGGAGUGUCACUAUAGAGGCUGAGUUGCCCAAGAAAAUACCCAGUAUCACAGCAUUGCUCAAGCAAACCAAGAGUGAUUCUAACAACAAAGACAUGCAGAGCAUACUCAAGUCAAGUGAAAGAUCUAGCAGUACAAGUGCCGACAGUCACUCCCAGCAGAGGAGGGGUAAAAGCCACAACCGUGACAUCGCCCACAUCAAGAGUGGCGUGUGCAACAUCCUGAGGGCCAAGUUCUUCAGUGUGGCGCAGGAAGCAGGCUUCUGUCUACAGGACAAGAUGGAAGUCCUCAUGAAGCGCCAAGAGGAACGAGGGAUCCAGAAGUUCCAAUCCUUUGUUGUCGUCUCCAAUUUUCAAAAGGACGUGGCCAAAAUGAGACGUCAGGUCCCGAUGCUAAAAGGAGAUGCACAGGAGAUUGCAGAUCACUGGUAUUUUGAUUUACUAACCAAACUCCCAGAGGAUCUGAAGAGUUUCAUCCCUGCCAAAAAAGUCCUGGUGAAACUACAGAAGUUUGGGGAAAACCUGGAUCUGCGAAUCCGCCCCCACGUCCUCCUCAAGGUGCUACAGGAGCUGAGAUCCUGGGAACUCUGCUCCCCAGACAUUGCGGUGGCCAUUGAGUUUGUACGAGAGCACAUUAUCCACAUGCCUCAAGAGGAGUAUAUCAAAUGGCUGCAGAACAAAAUCAACAUGCCUGUCCGGAUCUAUAAUCCCCAGGCAGAGAAAGGCUGA